GGGGAUCGGUCCGGGGGAGGCCUGGGGCCGCUGGAUUGUGCUCGGUCUCCGCCGCCCCCACCUUUCGCCGCCGCCGCCGCCGCCACCGCCCCGGGCAUGUCGUCCAACUGCACCAGCACCACGGCGGUGGCGGUGGCGCCGCUCAGCGCCAGCAAGACCAAGACCAAGAAGAAGCAUUUCGUGUGCCAGAAAGUGAAGCUAUUCCGAGCCAGCGAGCCGAUCCUCAGCGUCCUGAUGUGGGGGGUGAACCACACGAUCAAUGAGCUAAGCAAUGUCCCUGUCCCUGUCAUGCUAAUGCCGGAUGACUUCAAAGCCUACAGCAAGAUCAAGGUGGACAAUCAUCUCUUCAAUAAGGAGAACCUCCCCAGUCGCUUUAAGUUUAAGGAGUACUGUCCCAUGGUGUUCCGAAAUCUCCGGGAGAGGUUUGGGAUUGAUGAUCAGGAUUACCAGAAUUCAGUGACGCGCAGCGCGCCCAUCAACAGUGACAGCCAGGGCCGGUGUGGCACGCGUUUCCUCACCACCUAUGACCGGCGUUUUGUCAUCAAGACCGUGUCAAGUGAGGAUGUGGCUGAGAUGCAUAACAUCCUAAAGAAAUACCACCAGUUCAUAGUGGAAUGUCAUGGCAACACCCUUUUGCCGCAGUUCCUGGGCAUGUACCGCCUGACCGUGGACGGUGUGGAGACCUACAUGGUGGUCACGAGGAACGUGUUCAGCCAUCGGCUCACUGUACACCGCAAGUAUGACCUCAAGGGUUCUACUGUUGCCAGAGAAGCGAGUGACAAGGAGAAGGCCAAGGACUUGCCAACAUUCAAAGACAAUGACUUCCUCAAUGAAGGGCAGAAGCUACAUGUGGGAGAAGAGAGUAAAAAGAACUUCCUGGAGAAACUGAAACGGGAUGUCGAGUUCCUGGCCCAGCUGAAGAUCAUGGACUACAGCCUGCUGGUGGGCAUUCAUGACGUGGACCGGGCAGAGCAGGAAGAGAUGGAGGUGGAGGAGCGGGCAGAGGACGAGGAGUGUGAGAAUGAUGGGGUGGGCGGCAACCUGCUCUGUUCCUAUGGCACACCUCCAGAUAGCCCUGGCAACCUCCUCAGCUUCCCCCGGUUCUUUGGCCCUGGGGAAUUCGACCCCUCUGUUGAUGUCUAUGCCAUGAAGAGCCAUGAAAGCGCCCCCAAGAAGGAGGUCUAUUUCAUGGCCGUCAUCGACAUCCUCACGCCGUAUGAUGCUAAGAAGAAGGCUGCACACGCCGCCAAAACCGUGAAGCACGGGGCAGGGGCUGAGAUCUCGACUGUGAACCCUGAGCAGUACUCCAAACGCUUCAACGAGUUCAUGUCCAACAUCCUGACGUAGUUAUCUUCUACCUUCAGCCAGAGCCAGAGAGCUGAAAGUGGGGUCGGGGAUCGGGAGAGGGUGUGUUUGUGCUAGAUGAGAGGGUGGGGAGCCAGAGUCGGGGGAAGGGGAGGGCUUUAGCAAUGGGGCUGCAGCCUGGGACAUUGAAAGAGACACUCUAGCUCAGGGGAGGGGGUAUGCUGUUGUGUGCACAUGCUCACAGGAUGUAACCUCGCCUUCUCGUCACCCUUAAUUUUUUUUUUUCCUCUUUGACCCAGGUUAAAAAGGGGUUCCCUUUUUAUUACUAAGAUACCUUGGGGCUAGAGAUGGUUUUGCAGGUUUACUGGGGUUUUGUUUCUGAAAUUUUGUUGCUCCAGGUUUGCUAUUUAUAAUGAUGUAUGUCAUCACCCUAUACACCCUCCCCACCCCUGCCCAGCUCUCAGUUCCUGUCAAUUAAAGAGGUGCCCCACAGACCAGUGCCAAGGGUCCUCUCAGAACAAAGUUCUCUCUGACACCAGAGAGAAGAGGAGGUCAGACAUCUCAGCCCUGCAAUUUAAUCUUGUCUGGAUUAACUUUUUAAUUUUACGGAGUAUUGUGCCCAACUUCCUCCACCUUUCCACCUUUGAUACAAGUGAAAUGUUACAUUAUUCUUCCAUCUAAAUGCUGUCCUCCCAAAGGAACACUCUAGGUCAACAUCAGGCAUCUUGAAUCAGAAUCAAAGAUCUCAGAGGAGAGCAAGUUCACCCUCACGGGACAGUAAAGGAGUGGGGAGCUGCUGGCCUCUCAGACAGCUGGUUCUCAGAGAACCCCAUGAUUUUCAUCCAAGCCCCUGGGCACCCGUGGCCCUUGGAGUUCAGAUGUCCUCUCUUUAAAGUCGGCCUCCCACUGGGUCAAGAGGAACUAGAAGGCACCUUGGAUAUAACAGGACCCUGGUGUUUUAAUGGUUAUUUCCCCUUGGGGAAAGCCCCGAAGCUGAUGGGUAUCCAUGAGGUCUGUGCCCUCCAUCCAUUUACUUCCUCUGACCUCCUCCCAGGAGCCCUCAUGUGUGAGCUUUUAGCAGGGGCAGAGCUCCGAGCUCCCAGAGUGCCCUUUGCAGAGAUACCUCUUCAAGCCCCGUAGCUACCACAUAAGUCGUCUGGCUUCCUGUGCCUAUGGUUUGUCACCUGGAUGGUUACAGAGUCCUGGAACUCCUAAGGUCAGCCAGCAAGGAGUGGUGCCCCUCCUCCUUGGGGGAGUGUGGCACCCAAGCGAGAAGUUGCUUCUGAGUCCCUUGAGAUGUGACCCAGGAAAUCCAAUUUGAAGGCUUGAUACGGGGUUUGACUUGGCCCGACUUCAGCAGGUUUUCUACCCACUGGCUGCUUCAGGAGGAGUGGCAUCCUGCAGGUUCUUUGAGGGUUUCCACCUACCUUCAGAGACUGCUGCCUAGGCCCUCAGAAUUGAGCUACGUGUGUCAUUCUGUGAUGUCAUCAGAGCAGUCUGGACUGGCGAGGAAAGAAAAAGGUCCUAUUGCUCUGUGUUGGGGGAGGUACAUUCCUGCAUCCUCUCACCCCUUGCCAGGAACUGGGGAUUUGGGGUGAGAUAUGGUAAAACUUGUAUAUACCCCAGAGAUGCAAAGAUGGUUUGUGGAAUCACUGUAAGUGAAUGGAUUGGUUUCCUGUGACUCCCUUCAAACCUGGCCAAGCUCAGCUUCCAGAGCAGGAACCAGCACUGUCUCUGUGCCCUACCUUUGGGAGCCUUCCCACAGCAUUUAGGCCAGGAAGGAAUGGAGACAGCAUUCUUGGACUCCAUCAGGGCUGCCGAUGGGUUGGAAACCCUUCUGGAAGAGGCAGAUGGGGUCAAACCACUGCCUUGGCCCCUACAAAGGGCCAUAGGAAACUCUGAACAUCUGCAGCAAGACCACUAAGCGACUUGGGGAAGAACCUGGAACCAAGUGGAUCAUGGAGAAAACAAAUUCGACUUAGGAAAGGGAUUGCGUAGGAAUACUCUUUGGACUUGAUUUCCCCACCUCAUAAUCAAGAAUGAAAAUUUGGGUCUGCUCCUAGUCAGGCUCAGCAUCUCCAAAGCUUGGAAGGCUGCCCUCCGGCAGCCUCCACAGCCUUGGGCUCCCACCCAGUUCUCUGCAUUUGGUCUGCUGAUCAUGUUGCCACAAUGUGUAUGAAAAGUGUAACACAAUCUUAUCAUUUAAGACAACUACCAGGUAUCUAACUUGUUUAACAUUGAGUUUGUUUUGUUUUGUUUUUUGUAUAUUGUUUACAUUUUGAGAGGUAGCAUUCUGUUUCAAAUGCUGUUUUUGUUUUUCUGACAGUAUUGUUGAUUGGGUCAAAACAUUUGAGCUAUGUUUUAGUGGUUUUUUUUUUUAAAGUUGUUCACCUUUUUCACUCUGUGCUGUCUUUAAAACCUUGGGUUUGGUCUUCUAAUUCCUUUGGCAUUCAAAUGUUCAAAAGCUGUUUAUCUUGGUUUAUACAAGUUUUUUUCUUUUUCUUCUUUUUAAAAUGAUAUUCUAUUUGGUUUGCAAUCUGAAUGUAGAGAAAGUGAACUUACCGCCAAGGUUUUGUCUCCCCCAGUCUUUUCUCCUUGAGUGUCCCACCAUUCCCUUCCCGUAAGAUGCCUCUGAGGGCAAGUGGCUAUCCUCAACCUCACUCCUCGGGGCCAUGAAGAACAACUAAGAGUCUUAUAGCAUCCCAGAAUCAUUUAGGGUCUCCCAAGAACAAAGGUAUAAGAAUAGGACAUGGCUGAUUGGGUGAGGCCUGGAUGGGGUAAGAGCAGGCUUCCUCUCCUCCUUUCUCACUCCACGAACUAAGGAGUAGCAUCUGGUCACGACUUCCCCCAUUCCCAUCCGUCUCCAAAAGCUGUAGUCUCCCAGCCAAAGUGAGGCGUUCUCUGAAAACUCCUCAGAAGACCAUUAGAUGAAGGCCUCUGGCCCUUCUUCCUGUUAACCACUGAGUCUUGUGUUCCGCAGCACACGCUCCUUGUCUAUGCCCGGUGGUUUGGGGGUUACAGGGCAUGCUGGGAAGCAGCAGUUCCAGGAGCACAGAGUGAAGCCGCGCUCAGUCUCUCCUUAUCUAGCUCAGGGGUUACUGGUCUGUGGCAGGUGCCACGAGUCGCCCCUGGGGCUGUUCUCAGUGGCACUCUUUAAGUUCCCACCACAGGCAGCUCUUCUUCUUCUCUCUCUUCCAGCUUCACUUUCUUUCUUGCCUGUGCUUUAGGCCUGAAACAGUCCCUGGUAGUGCUCAGGGCAUGAGACUAGACUCCUGCCCUAGUUACUUUCCCCUCUUCACAGUCUGCCAGGGCCUGCCCUGGGGAGGUGGACCAAAGACCCAGGACUUUCUCAGUAGCCAGUCCCACCCCUCAAUUGUAUUUUCACCAAUUCAUGUUGGGAGAGGGAAAGAACUUGAGCACCUCCCCGCACCCCGCUUCUCGCUCCAGCACUUGAGCUACUCAAAUGUUGGGGGCUAGAAGGGACAGUGUGUUUCAACAACCGUUGGAGCUCUGGCCUUAGACCUAUGGCUCCCCCCAAGUCUAGAGACCUCACCUGUCUGGCAGUAAUGUGGGGAGAUGGUCUGGCCUGUGCACUCAGCACAGCACUCAGACAACUGUCCACAGCUGCCCCCAAGUCUACCAGCUGUUCUGCAGGCAGCAGUGCCAAGGCCCUAUCCCUCCUCUGAGAUGCACCGCUUAUGAACAGUGCCCCCUAGGGGAAGGGGAGACUAGGUGUCCCUCCAGGGGCUGUGCUGAGAUCCCAGGAAAGGAGGCUUGGGAGGAAACUUCUGGAGGACCCCCUUCCCCUUGCUCAGAGCCGUUUUGUGAGGUGGGAGCCAACAACCUUUAGGGGGAGGCCCGCUGCUGCUCAGCACACCCCAGCAGCAGGUCGGAUCAUUGCAAUCAAAAAUGUGAGUGAAGUUUAGAUUCAACUUUUGGGGGAGCAGGAUAAACAACUACCCCACCACAUGUGUGUGAUUUCUCAAUUUCCCACGCAAUCUCCAUUUUUUAAAUAGGAAUUUUCAGCCCUCUGUGCUUGUCUAAUGUCUGCUCGGAACAGGUCGAGACCCUGUUACUGUUUUAAAAAUGCAUGCAUGUUAAGAUGAAUCUCCAACCCGAGGAAAAAAAUAAAACUCAAAAAGCUUUGUGUACAUCUGUUAUGUGUAAGUCCUUUGGAAAGGAGUUCUUUUUUUUUUUUUUCAGAAUGAAAGUUUUGGUCCAAGUUUUCAAAGACAGCUUGGGCUAAAGCAGUAUAUGGCUUGAGUUCGGAAGAAUGUGGUCAAUGACAUCCCCCUUUCAGAUGGUGCACAGUAAGCAGUAGCUAAGAGCACAGCACCGGAGCCGGCGGUCUGCCUUGUUAGCGGUCGUUACCACACUGAGGAAUGGACAGAGCACGCUCUGCACUGCGCCAGCUGGGGAAUGAACGCUGGCUGUCAGACACCUGACUUCACAUCCCAGCUCUCCCACUGACUAGCCGUGUAGCUGACUUUGAACCAGUCACCUCUGUGUACUUCAGGUUCUCCAUCUGGACUCUAAAUAGUCUUUAGCUUAAAACCUAGUGGUUCUCAAAGUGUGGUCCGGACUAGCAGUUUCAGCAGCACUUGGGAAUCAUUUAGAAAUGCAAAUUUUCAGGUCCUACCCCAGAUGUACUGGAAUCUGAAGCUAUGGUUUAACAAGCCCUCCAGGUGAUUCCGAUGGAAGAUAAUAAACAUUUGAGAACCACUAUGCUAAUGCAAACUUUCCAGGUUGUAUGUUGGAAUCAUUUGGUGAACUUUAGAAAACAGAUGUCCAGGCCCUUUAAUAGGCCAUUUAAGUCAGAACCUCAAAGGAUGGGAUCAAGGCAUCAGUAGAAGCUCACCCAGGUGAUUCCAGUGUGCAAGCCACCGUUAAGAAACAGUGAUCUAAAAGGAAACAACUUGUGGGAACUUGGUCACAUUUCUACCUGAACACCAAAUAGAGACUCAGGAAUUUUCCAGUAUAGUUCAGUAAAAAGGAUUCUAGGCCUUAGAGUCAAAUGGGCGAGAGGUUUAUAUCCAUGUUCUACCACUUAUUAAAGUGGCCCUGGGCAAGUAAUUUUACGGCCUCACUUUUCACAUCUGUAAACAAGGAUAAUGCCCACUACACCUCGAGUCAUUAUGAUGAUCGAGUUGUAGUAAGUAUAAGGCACUGCGCAAUGCAUGCAGCAGGCUUCCAGCAAGCGAUUGGUAGAUUACGUCCACUGGUGUAUCAAGAAGAAAACUGGAGGGGUGCG